AUGGCGAAUAAAGAUCCGCAUCACUGGAUACAGAAAUUGACUGAGGAGCAGGCGCGACAGCAUUUAGAGGAACGAGGACUCGAUGUCCGCGGAAUAUUACCGGUCCUCCGAGCGCGAUUGACGCGAUAUGAGGAGGCGAUCCUCAGGGGGGCAACCCCCUCAGGGACCCCCGACCCUCUAGAGGUCGUGAGCGAUCCAUUCGAGGAUCUGGGAGCCGUGGGGCCAGGGCCCAGCGUUCCGUCAUUCACAAUUAGCGAUUUUGGUACCGGAAACCGCGUAGUGCGGUCCCCGCCGUUGGAGCAGGGGACCGCAAAGGGGGAGCCCGAAGAAACGGGGGCAAGGAAGCGGGAAUACGAUUAUACGCUUCCCCCGCGUGCAGAUCCCGGUCCGCCGUAUGCCGGCCGACGCGCUCCGCGCAACUCGGCCGCAGACGCCUAUCACUUAAUGAGGAAGUGGAAUCUCCACUUCUCGGGAAAGCGGAAUAGCGACGCGGAAGCUUUUUUAACGCGCAUCAAGGAGGCUCGCUCCAUUCUUCUGGUUACCGAUGCCGAUCUCUUUAAGUGCUUACCGUCAUUUAUGACAGAUUACGCCUUGUAUUGGGUUCGUUUAGAGAGCGAGAAUUGGCGAGAUUGGCAGGAUUUCGAGGACGCUUGGCGCGCACGCUUUGGUGAUCCGGACUAUCACUACGCUCUUCGGGAGGAAAUAUUGCGGCGAACGCAGGGCGAACAUGAAACUGCCGCGGAUUAUUUAACUAGCUUACGAACGUUACUUGCGAAAGUAAGUCCUCCUUGGCCGUUACCGGAGCAGUUAAACUUUGCUUACCGUAACAUGUUACCGCGCUUACAGAUAGCGAUCUCGCGACGCGACUUUACGUGUUUCCGCUCCCUAGAGCUACAGGCGACGCGAAUCGAACGUAAUUUCGCCGCGGAAAAGAAUUACCGACCCCCCCUCCUACCGGAACAGUCGCUCUUUCCGGACUUAGCAUACCAUCCACCAAAGGGCAAAGCACGAACCCAGGGGACCGUCGCCGCGGUAAACGUGGCCCAUGCGGGCGGCCAUAAGGGAAAGAAGCGAGUCAGCAAUACGCCCACAGUCGCCGCCGCGAGUCCUACAACGGUUAACCCCCCUGCUACCGAAAAUGAUACCGCAUCGGCCGCCAAUAUCAAAUGUUGGAAUUACCUGCCCAUCAUGCUCGGGAAACGCGAGCGGGAGUCAGUAGGGCGGGUACCUGCGACUCCAAGCCAGGAAAACGAGACCCAAACUACGAAUAAAGAUACCGAAGCGUUAGGCUGCUCGUACGGCACAUUCGAAAACGCACCGUUACCGCCCCUCCGUUAUUUUAAUAUUAAAAUACGUGGUCACACUCUUGCGGCGCUAGUCGAUUCCGGAUCAAAUAGGACCCUCCUCGGUCGUGAGGGAAUACAAAUCGUAAGGGCUUUAGGUCUCUCCACGGAACCGGAGAGGAGCGUACAGAUACGUACAGCCAAUGGACAGAUAGCUACGAUCCGCGAAAGAGUUAAGUUACCGAUAAAACUGGAGGGAAAAGAUACCGUGAUUACCGCCGGAUUGUUACCGGAUUUGGCAGUGCCGUGUAUUCUCGGGUUAGAUUUUCUGUCGAAAGUUAGGGUGGGAUUGGAUUUUGCCAAGGACGAGUGGUAUUUUUCUGAAAUACCGAACAUACGUUACCGCUUUGAUACCGAAGAGGCUUGUCGCGCGUGUUCCGGAUUAGCGGAAUUGACGGGGGACCAGCAGGAACGGCUAGAUUUUUUUUUACAAACGUUACCGGAGCCGUCGGAGAACCCGGGAGUUACCGAAUUAAUAGAGCAUAAAAUAGAUGUAGGGAACACGUCGCCGAUUAAACAACGAUGUUACCUUGUCUCGCCGAAAGUUCAGGAAGCCAUUCGGGCCGAAGUAGAUAAAAUGCUUAAUGCAGGAAUAAUAGAACCAUCGUACAGCGAGUGGUCAAGCCCAAUAGUAAUGGUGAAGAAACCGAACGGGAAAUAUCGAUUCUGCCUAGACUUUAGGAAAGUAAAUAGCGUAUCGAAAAAAGACGCGUAUCCGUUACCGAAUAUGACCGGCAUCCUCGAUAAAUUACGAUCGGCGCGAUAUAUAUCAACCAUUGACUUAAGUCAGGCAUACUUUCAGAUACCGCUAGCAAAAGAGAGUCGUGAAGUUACCGCCUUUAGUGUUCCCGGAAAGGGAUUGUACCAUUUUACCCGCAUGCCGUACGGACUUACGGGGGCCCCGGCAACCUUCCAAAGGUUACUCGACCGCCUGAUCGGCCCGGAGAUGGAACCGUUUGCGUUCGCAUAUUUAGACGACAUAGUGAUAGUCACCCCGACAUUCGACGAGCACGUAGCGUGGCUGCGGCGGGUAUUAGAGAAAAUCAAGUCCGCAGGGUUAACGGUCAAUCCCGAUAAAUGCGAAUUUUGCAGAUCGCAAGUGAGAUACCUCGGAUUUAUUGUACAGCAGGAAGGGCUAACUGUGGAUCCCGAAAAGACACGCCCUAUCCUAGAGUAUCCGGAACCGCGUAACAUAAAACAAUUGCGACGAUUUUUGGGCAUGUCCUCUUGGUACCGUAAAUUUAUUCCGCAGUUCGCGACACUCAGUCAGCCCCUAACUAGCCUUUUGAAAAAAGGCAGGCGCUGGGAGUGGGGGGAAAUUGAAGAUCGCGCGUUCGAACACAUUCGCGAACAUCUAGUAAGGGCCCCGACACUCGCCUGUCCGAAUUUUGAGUUACCGUUUAUGCUGCAAACAGACGCAAGUUCAGUUGGUUUAGGAGCCGUAUUGACACAGAAUAUUGAGGGUACCGAGCGAGUUAUCGCGUUUGCUAGUCGCGUAUUAUCCGAUCCCGAAAAGAAAUACACAGUUACCGAACAAGAAUGUUUAGCCGUGGUAUGGGCAAUACAGAAAUUUAGACCUUACUUAGAGGGAUACAAAUUUACCGUUGUUACCGAUCAUAGUAGUUUGCGAUGGUUACAUAACCUUAAGAACCCGACCGGCAGAUUAGCGAGAUGGGCUCUCGAAUUAUUGGAAUAUGAUUACGUGGUAGAACACCGAAAGGGUGCACUUCAUCACGUGCCGGACGCGUUGUCGCGCAUGUUCGAGGGCGAGAACGAAAUCGUCGUAAACGCGGUCAUGGACGUGGUGGACUGCGAGGACACGCGUGACGAGUGGUACCGUAAAAGAUUUAAAGAAGUUGUUACCGACCCCAAGCGAUAUGGGCAUUGGAAAGUUGUGGAUAAACAAUUAUAUUUUCUGAGGGCACGACCAGUGAUUUCCGAUAUAGUAGAAGAUCUUGAUAGGUAG